AUGGCUCUCAUCGCCUCCGUGGCUAAAGUGCUUUGCCUUCAUGUGGUGUUGAUCGUGGGCGUGCUGGCGUAUGAACUCGGUAUCCUGUUUCACUCAUUCAGCAGAUACAAGCCAGCGUUGCAAGAUCCGAGCCAGACGAUGCGCGCGGCACAGUUUGCCAAGCCGGGGCCACCAGCAGUGAUUCAGCUGGCUCAGAUCCCACGACCGAUGUGCUGUGAAACGACACAGGUUCUUAUCAAAGUGGGAACCGGCAGUUUAAAUCCCGUGGACUUUAAGCAGAGAAGAAACCCGAUGCUGGAGUACAUGAGGCCUUUACCGGCCGUUUCGGGCUUCGACUUUUCAGGCAAAGUCGAGCAGAUCGGAGCGGGAGUUCUUGGAUUCAGACCUGGAGACGCUGUGUACGGCAUGCUGCCGUUGCAGGGCCAGGGUUGGGGCGCUUUCCAGGAGUACGUGGUUACGAAUUACACAAUCAUCGCGCAUGUUCCCUCGAAAAUCUCGCCAAAUGAAGCAGCAGGACUGCCACUUGUCGGGCUCACCGUCGUACAGGCUCUGGCUCCCGUCCUCCGGACUUGGCAGCGAAACGGCGAGUCGAGCAAAGGCAAGAAGAUCCUGAUCCAUGCUGGUGCCGGCGGGGUGGGCUCCUUCGCAAUACAGUACUGCAAGAAUGUGUUGGGCAUGCACGUGGCCACCACCGCGAGUGCCGCGAAGGAGGAGUUGGUCAAGAGUCUUGGCGCUGACCAAGUCAUCAACUACAGGACGACCAAGUUCGAAGAUGUGCUGACAGCCUUCGACGCUGUCCUCGAUCCAGUGACACAGGAGUACGAAGCUCGCACGCUGUCUUCGCAAGUCCUGAAGCCAGGUCUGGGGCACUACGUGAACAUCUUGAGCAGCGACUGGGAGCCAAAUGAUGGUGAGCUGGGCCCGCUGAUGAUCCUGCGACCGCUUCUCAAGAAGUGGGGCAACAGUUUGCUGGCAGAAUACCUGGGUCUGGGCGUCUAUUAUCAUUGCGAUCCGGUCAGCCCUGAUGCUUCUGGCUUGCGGAGCAUUGCCAGCUGGGUCGAUGCAGGCAGCAUCAAGCCUGUCGUGGAUCGUUCCUUCCCACUUGAGGAGGUUGCGCAGGCCCACGAGUACUUGGAGAAGGGACGAGCGUCUGGCAAGGUGCUGAUCGACAUAAGGAAGACAGACUGA